CCAACUCCGCAGUCGGCAAGCUGGGUAAACUCGAAAAGAACCAGGGACGAGGUUGUGGUGGAUGACAGGGACAGAAACGAGAAGCUCAGGAGAGCCAUACAUGAGCUACAAAUUGUCCGUCCGUACGAAGAGGUCGCAUAUGACGUGUACCGCUUUAAAGACUUCUAA